UUCCCCUUCCUUCCUCUCCCGUUUCGUCGCUCUGCAAAUCUCUAUCUCUCUCGUUCUCUCGCCUCGUCACUCGAUCAAAGCUAAGACGAUCAUCAGGAGCGUAAACUCCACGAAAACCUUCGGACAAUUCACGGCGAGCCUGAUUCGAGAUUUCUCUUUUCAGAGCUCCGAACGAUGUCCGAUGCGUUCUGCAGCGACUGCAAGAGGCAGACGGAGGUGGUCUUCGACCACUCGGCUGGCGACACGGUGUGCUCGGAGUGCGGCCUCGUGCUCGAGUCGCAUUCCAUCGACGAGACCUCCGAGUGGAGGACCUUCGCCAACGAAUCGGGCGACAACGACCCCGUCCGUGUCGGCGGCCCCACGAACCCGCUCCUCACCGACGGCGGUCUGUCCACCGUGAUUGCGAAGCCGAACGGGACCUCCGGGGAGUUCCUCUCGUCGUCGCUGGGUAGGUGGCAGAACCGCGGUUCGAAUCCAGAUCGCGGCCUCAUCCUCGCUUUCAAGACCAUCGCGACUAUGUCCGACAGGUUGGGCCUUGUUGCAACCAUCAAGGAUCGGGCAAAUGAGAUAUACAAGAAGGUAGAAGAUCAAAAGUCUAGUAGAGGAAGAAAUCAAGAUGCUCUGUUGGCUGCUUGCCUUUACAUUGCUUGUCGACAAGAAGACAAGCCACGCACUGUAAAGGAAAUUUGCUCUGUUGCCAAUGGAGCCACCAAAAAGGAAAUAGGCCGGGCAAAAGAGUACAUUGUGAAGCAACUGGGUUUAGAGAAGGGACAGUCAGUAGAAAUGGGAGCAAUACAUGCUGCAGAUUUCAUGAGGCGUUUUUGUUCCAACGUUGGGAUGAACAACCAAGCUGUUAAAGCUGCUCAAGAAUCUGUGCAGAAGUCAGAAGAGUUUGACAUAAGGAGGAGCCCCAUAUCCAUCGCAGCAGCUGUUAUAUACAUUAUUACUCAGAUCUCCGAUGAGAAGAAGCCUCUCCGAGAUAUAUCACUAGCCACUGGAGUUGCUGAAGGGACGAUUAGGAACUCCUACAAGGAUCUGUAUCCUCACAUUGCCAAGAUAAUACCGAGCUGGUAUGCCAAGGAAGAGGAUCUAAAGAAUCUCUGCAGUCCUUGAGUGUGCAUAGAUAAUACAGACGGAGUGGACAUUAGAUGACUUUCAGUCAGUUUUGGAAAUCGGAACAGUCUCGAAAUUUUAAUUGUUGUCAUAAAGAAUAUGGUGCUUCUUAAUUCUUUUGCUCUUAUAUUAUUGCAAGAUGUAUCGAAAACUUUGUAAUUCAAAUGUUGAAAAGGCCUCGUUCAAGAAGUAUUUUCGGCCCUCGACU